AUGAACUACAGCCAUGACACCGAGAUGGAUCGGGAUUGGGCCGCCGACCAGCUGCGUCGAAAGAAGAAUGCGCUGAGCGGUCUCCCGGAUUCCCCCAUCCGCCGCACGGCGGCUGCCCUGCCACAGGUCGCAGUUGCGGCGGUGCAGGGCCUGCAGGGUGCAGCGGCGACACCACCUGGGGCAGCCACUCUAGGCAACGCCCUCUCUGCCCUUGCGAUCAAUGCGGGGAGCGCAGAGCACGUGCAGAGAAUCUGCCAUGGGCUUUUGGCUUUGCUCUACGACAAGGAGUGCCUCCCUGUCCACCAGGAGUUUGCGCAACUGAAGGGCGUCGAAGCGCUUCUGGCCAUCCUAAGGCGACACGGGGGGGGAACAGCCCUGGCAGCGCUUCGGGUUUUGGAGAAGUCCCGCUCUCGGCUGCCCUUUGAACGUGAGUUAACGCGCUGGGGCCUGGGCUGCUUUGAGCGACACAUUUUGAGACUCCAGUUUUUGGUGCUUCAUCCUGCCGGUACUUUCGUCGUUGCGGUCGCUGCCGUCCGUUGGUCGGGACUGCCCUGCACCCAUAGCUGUGUAUGGUGCGUAGUUUCUUUUCACAAAGACAAGAAUUCCUGCUAUUGUCAAUGA